CCCACCUCGCGGAAUUGUGGCGGGAGGGGGAGGAGAAAGUCAAAGCGCCUGCGCGGAGAGGCCGCUUUCCAUCCGGGUCCCCGUCCGUGCGGUGCAGCAGGUCGGUAGGCGGGAAAUGGCGACUGGCUGAAGGAGCUGGUUCUGUUGCUGCUGCGGGCUAAGCGGGAAAGACACCACGCGUUGCGCAGUCGGGACCAUCACCGGAGCCUGAGGACACUUCUCUGUCGUCACAGUUAGUUUUACAUGUGGCACCCAUAAAAGAUGAGGCUGAGAACACGGAAAGCUUCUCAGCAAUCAAAUCAAAUCCAAACACAACGCACUGCCAGAGCAAAGAGGAAAUAUUCAGAGGUUGAUGAUAGCCUGCCUUCAGGAGGAGAAAAACCACCGAAGAAUGAAACCGGCUUGUUGUCUUCAAUUAAAAAAUUCAUUAAAGGAAGCACACCCAAAGAAGAGAGAGAAAAUCCUUCAAAACGGAGUAGAAUUGAACGUGAUAUAGAUAAUAAUUUGAUCACAUCAACACCAAGAGCAGGAGAAAAGCCUAACAAACAGAUAUCUCGAGUAAGACGGAAAAGUCAAGUAAAUGGAGCUGGUAGUUAUGAAAUGACAAAUCAACAUGUAAAACAAAAUGGAAAAUUAGAAGAUAAUCCUUCCUCUGGCAGUCCUCCAAGGACUACAUUGUUGGGGACCAUAUUUUCUCCUGUCUUCAACUUUUUUUCACCAGCAAAUAAAAAUGGAACAUCAGGAUCCGAUUCCCCAGGACAGGCUGUGGAAGCUGAAGAGAUAGUAAAACAGCUUGAUAUGGAACAGGUGGAUGAGAUCACUACCAGUACUACUACAUCAACUAAUGGAGCAGCUUACUCAAAUCAAGCAGUUCAAGUGAGGUCAUCAAUAAAUAAUGGUUUAGAAGAAGCAGAGGAAACAGUUAAUCGUGAUAUCCCACCCCUUACAGCACCAGUAACUCCAGAUAGUGGUUAUUCAUCAGCCCACGCAGAGGCCACCUAUGAAGAAGACUGGGAAGUAUUUGACCCCUAUUAUUUCAUCAAACACGUUCCACCACUGACAGAAGAACAGCUAAAUAGGAAACCUGCCCUUCCAUUGAAGACAAGAAGCACACCAGAAUUCUCCCUAGUUUUAGACUUGGAUGAAACACUAGUACACUGUAGUUUAAAUGAGCUAGAAGAUGCAGCACUUACUUUUCCAGUCCUUUUCCAAGAUGUCAUUUAUCAGGUUUAUGUGAGAUUAAGACCAUUCUUCAGGGAAUUCCUGGAACGAAUGUCUCAGAUGUAUGAGAUCAUUCUUUUUACUGCUUCUAAGAAGGUGUAUGCAGACAAGUUACUGAACAUACUAGACCCUAAAAAGCAACUGGUCAGGCACCGGCUUUUCCGCGAACAUUGUGUUUGUGUACAAGGAAACUAUAUAAAGGACUUAAAUAUCCUUGGAAGAGAUCUUUCAAAAACUAUAAUAAUUGACAACUCACCACAAGCCUUUGCAUAUCAGCUAUCCAAUGGAAUCCCUAUAGAAAGCUGGUUUAUGGAUAAAAAUGACAAUGAACUUCUAAAAUUGAUUCCAUUUCUGGAGAAGCUAGUAGAACUGAAUGAAGAUGUUCGACCUCACAUCAGAGACCGAUUUCGCUUGCAUGAUUUGCUGCCCCCAGAUUAAGUACAAAGACUUGUCAAAUCACUGAAGGGGGAGAGAAUGCAGGACCCUUUUGGACUAAGACAAAAACAUUGCCAUUACUGUUGAAAUUUUGCAUUUUUGUACCCCGUCUUGCUUUUCUUAUCUUGGUGCCCAAUAAUAAUCAAGGGUUACAGAAAGAGACUUUAUCUCAGAUUGAAUACAUACAGUAGGUAGGCUAAAACAGAAGAGUCUUUAGAACUAGUGCAACUUCCAGUGAAAUUUUUUUAUGUACAGGACAUCUGCAGUUUAUAAAGAAUUCUGUUUCUGCCACCAGCAGUUUGACCUGUAGUCACACAGGAUUUUAUGAUAAUAACAGAGAUGAAAAUGGACUUUUAUUUUCUCUCUGUUUGGUGCUCUAAGUGGGUUUGUAGCCACUUUUCUGUUACUUUAAAAUUCUCAUUUCAACAGGAAUGGCCAGUAAAAGUUGUUUUAUUUUUCCUGUUAAGGUUUAUAACCUUUUUACAUUUUUGACCUGUAUUAGAUUAGAAUUUCAUUAUGCAUUCCUUUUAGUUGAGGCGCUUCAUAGUUUUCUGGAAAUAGUCAAUUUUUAGUUUUUUAUUAUACAUUUGAAUGGCCGUUUUCCUGCUUUGUCUGCCUGCAUAUUGUAUAUUUGUUUAAAAAUAUUCUCUACUUUUAGUCCAUGUAAGUUUCAUUUAGAACAUGCAUUUAUAUUUUGUUUCUGUAAUAUUCUAUUGUAGGUGAAAUCUUUUCAGAAAUCAAGAGACUGGGUAGAUAAGAAUAUAUGAAUGACUAAUAUUCAAAAGAUUUAAACCAUUGUGAUGGCAUGUGUUCCCAAGUGAUAAUAUCUUGCAGUGGCACACAGAUUUGAUGGAUAAAAGGUAUACCUCAGACUUCACUGUGCUCACCAAUCUUUGAGGAGAAUGAGUUUGGUCACCUGUUGGGCUUGAUUUGGUUACUGAUGCCUUUGGUUUUCUCCAGGAAUGAAGUAUUCAGCACAGUGAUUCAGUAUUUUUAGUUAUUUUGCAUGGGCUGGUAGUACCUCUGUUAUGCUCUCAGUUACAAUCAGUUAAAACUCUGUGUAACAGUCUUGGUACCUUACAGUAGCUAUGCAUAAUCCUGUGGCACAGUAAACUCCCAAGCCACCAAUGCAGUUAAUAUGUUCUCAUAGUGGUUUUCUAUGCUAUAUGAAAAUAGUCUUCAAGCCUUGGUUCUCUAAUGCAGCUACCACAAGAGGUUGAUAUUUUUAUAGUGGCGUGUAAUCUCUUUUUCGGGAGGCUUUUUAUUGAAGGUAGAAUUUGUAAAAGUUAGUAUGCUUUGCCUCUCAACUGCAUUAAUCAUGCCACAGGCUCAGACUGUUUUUGUGUAAAGGAUGUCAAAGAACGGCACUUUUUCUAAAGAGAAGUUUGAUAUUUUGUAUGCUUGUUAAGAAAGUACAGUAUUGGAAAUUAAAGGUGGACAACUGAUAAUUGAGGAGUAUGUCACUUAAUUUUUUAUGUAUAUUACCUGUUUACUUGUACAACUUAUUGUACAAAUUACAUGCAGCUUCAUUUUCAAAUGAAUCCUUAAAAUAAGGAAAUCUUUUUAGGAAAACAUUUAAUUUUUGUAUUUUUGAUUUUAAAGGCAUGAGUUAUGUCAAUUUUCAGUGUAUUAAUGAAGAUUUUAACUUUUCAUCAGGUUGAGUGUUUUCUUACUAUAUUAUCUGUUGUGUAUGUAGUUAGCAUAUUGUGUCACUGAACUGUUUAAAAAUCUAGCAUGUAGAGCAAGCCUGUUUUGUGGAAAAUCCUUAUUCAUUAAAAAAAUAAUCAUGGCAGAUUUUCUGCAAAAAAAAAAGCAAAAGCAUUUGCAACUCAGAAUACUGGGGUUUUUUUUGUUUGUUUGUUAGUUUUUAAUUUAAAGAAAGGUAUUUUGCUUGCAGGAAAAAAAUACUACAGAUUCAUUUUAAUGAGAAUCUUUGAAAUGUAUUUAUCUUUAGGGCAUCUGGGCAUCUUUAUGCUGUUUGUCUUCUGUCUUUCUUGAAAUAAAAUGUACAUAUGUUACCUUUA